AUGAAAGAAGAAAGUGUUCAUUCUGAUCCACUGGCACUUAUUGCUGAGAAGAAGUCUUCAAAAGGUUCAAGGAAAUGCAGAAUUGAAAUUGAAACUGAUUCAGAGGUGAGUGAUGUAAGCGAUCUAGAACUAGAUGAAAAGGAUCUUGAGAUGUACAAAGAGUUGGCUUACUUCACUAAAGCUUUUAAGAAGAAAUUCUUCAAAAAGAAACCCUCUAACAAUCAGCUUCGAUCUUCCUCAGUUUCAUCAUAUGUCAAACAUUCAAGUGCUCCUAAAUUUGAGACUUUCAAAGAACCUGUUGCAGAAAAGAAGUUUGACAGUGAAAAAAGGUUUGAAAGGAAAGUCUUGGAGAAGAAGAAUGGGGAGAGAAAAUGCUACAAUUGUGGAAUUCCUGGUCAUAUUGCCACAGAGUGUACCAAACCCAGAAUGAAGAAUUCUGAGUACUACAAGUACAAACUCAUGUUGGCAAAGCAAGAGGAGAGUGGAAUUGCCCUUUUGGCUGAAGGUGACAAGUGGCUUUACCUCACUAAUGAUGAGACUGAUGACUUGGCAGCAAAUGUGUGCUUCAUGACAAAGAUCAAGAAGUCAAAAGAGCUAAAUGAUGAAGCUGCAGAUUCUGCUGAAGAAGAUGAUGAGGUGGUUGACGAACUCAACAAAGUCAAAGUGGAACUAACCUUGACAAGCUUGAAACUUCAAUCAUUUUUGGACAAAGAAAAAGCAUCACAAUCAUUUAAACAAAGUUCAAAUACAACAGAGUUGACCGAAACAAGUGUGAAAUUGGAAUCAGAAUCUCAGCAAUUCAAUAAUUUUAUGGAUGGAAAUCAUAAAUUUAAUCCUGCUUUUGAAAAACUCUUUGAGAAAAAGGAAAACAAACCUACUUUUGCUGAGAUAAGGGAUCCAAAACCAUACUCGUCAUCACCUACCCAUCAAGGUAAGAAGACCAGACCAUCAAAAGUCUCAAAAGUUUCUAAAGUUGUCAAGACCCCUGAUAACUCAAGACCAACAAAAGUCACAAAAGUUUUUCGAGUUGUCAAGAACACUAAUGAAUCGAAACCAACAAAUGUAAAAAAUGAAAACAAGUCAUCAAGAGAUGAAAAGAAUCACAAGUAUUCGAAGACUGUAAAGAAUGAAUUAUUAGGUAAUAAACAACCAAAAGUUAGUAAAACUUCUAGUACUCCUAGGAAGCCUCAAACAACCUUUAAGUCCACUUUGAAGGUAGUCAGAGACAAAACCACUGGGAUUACUAAAUACAAAGAUCAGUAUGGUUGGUUGUCACCUAAUAAUAUUCAGAAAAUUCAUGUGAGUAGUGAAACCAUCAAGAAGAAUCCUGGCAAGAACUCUAAGAAAAAUUUGAUUUCUAAUUCAAAGAAUGUUCAUGUUUCAGGUGACUUAUAUGAAUGCAAAGUUCAAACCGCAGAUGGGGUAGAUAUUCUCACUGGAACAAGGGACAAUAAUUUGUUCACCAUUGAUCUAAAUAAUGUUCCAACUCUUGACUCUGACAUUUUCCUUCUUUCGAAAGCCUCUGCACAAAACUCAUGGCAAGAUGAAGAAGGCAUCUCACAAACCAAAGAAACAUCUGAGUACCGAAGUGAUGCUCCGAAAGAAAUCAUUGAUUUCAUCAAACAAACCCAAGUCAAUCUUCAAUCAUCUGUUCAAAUUGUUCGUUCCGACAAUGGCACAGAAUUCAAGAAUGCAACAAUUGAUUCUUUCUUUAAAUCACAAGGCCUUAGCCAUCAGUUUUCUGCCACACGAACACCUCAACAAAAUGGAGUAGUUGAACGUCGAAAUCGCACUCUUGUUGAAGCAGCCAGAACAAUGCUUGCCUAUUCAAAGCUACCUCCAAAUCUUUGGGCUAAAGCUGUAGCUACUGCUUGUUUUACACAGAAUAGGUCCAUUAUCAACAAGAGGUUUGAUAAAACUCCAUAUGAGGUGAUCAACAAGAGGAAACCUAAUGUGAACUUCUUCCACAUUUUUUGA